CCAAAAACGUUUUAUAUUGCCAUAUGACAUGAAAAUAUUAAAUAUCAAUGGAUUUACAGCGAGGUGUUCAUCCAUGGUAGUUUAUCUUUAAUGUCGACUAUUGAGAGAAGGUAAAAUAAGUGAGUGGCCAUCGUCUGUCGGUGUCAGAGGUGGGAUACCGUUAAGAUGUGCGGGCGCAGAAAGCCGGCCAGUCCCAACACUAAGCGUGGUCCGCGCGCACUGUGUUUUGUCGUCGUCCUUAUAUAAACAAACAUUUGCGAGCUUUCGAUUCGAGCCUAGUGUAGUGUAGUAUAAAACUAGUGUGGAGCUCGCGCGUCUAUAGAUCUCACGUCUCUUCAUAUCCGUGUCGUUACGAAAUAAAAAUGCGAGUGAAGGGUUAAGAUUGUCGAAAUACAGAAGUUGCAGAGUUGGUCUCCCCGGCUGUUGCGAUAGACGCAAUAGAAAUAGAUGUUAAGUGUGUGAAAAAAAUUAUUAUUGAAGAUUAUUGAAAGAUAGAACACGAUGGAGUUGCAAUUUAAUGCUGAUGGUUCACCUUUUGUUAUGUGGGGUGGUAAUAAGAUUCAGUUGGAAAACGGACCUGUCACAGACAAAAUCUACUUAGAAAAAGCCGAGAAGGAAUUGAGAGAAACCCCUGAAAUUGUAAAAGCAGCUCUAGAAGAGUUAAGGAAACUAUUGAAAGGGGAGUCCAAUCUUGCUAUACCAAUCAACAAGGAUGAAUUCCUCAUGAAAUUUUUGAGACCGUGCAAGUUCUAUGCAGAAAGCGCCUUUAAAAGGAUACAAGCGUACUACAAAUUCCGAAGAUCGCACCCCGAGCACUGCCAUGACCUGAUGCCAUCAGCUGUUCGGCCGGCCUUCGACGAGUCCAUAGUGUCCAUCCUCUCGCCCCGGGACCAACACGGCCGGCGCAUCAUGGUGGUCGAGUCAGAGCGGUGGAACCCACGCAAGGUGUCCCUCACAGAGGUGUUCCGUGGGGUCCAACUGGGGCUCGAGGCUGCAAUGGACGAGCCUCUGACCCAGGUCAACGGAGUCAUCUCUAUUCUGGACAUGAAGGGCCUGUCUUUGACGCAGGUCAUGCAGUUUACGCCGUCGUUCGCUAAGAUGGUUAUAGACUGGAUUCAGGACUGCGUUCCAAUCCGUCUGAAGGCUGUCCAUAUUGUUAACCAGCCCUACGUCUUCAAUAUGCUAUUCGCCAUAUUCAAACCGUUCAUGAGAGAGAAAUUACGGUCUCGCAUUCAUUUCCACGGAACGAACUUUGAGUCUCUUCUCUCACAUAUAGACGCUAAGGCGACUAGGAAACGACAUGGUGGCGCUUUGCCAGAGCCUGAAAUUCCAGGGGAAGUGUUGUGGAAGAUGUUGCAAUAUUAUGAAGAAGAUUUUAAGGUUGCUAAUUCGUAUGGAUACACUAACAACAAUAAUCACAAGAAAUAACAAACAUGUGAAGAUAUAACUACUCAAUUUGUGAUACUUCGUUAUAAAAUUUAUGAAAUUAUUUUGAUAAAUUUUAUAAUGGUGAUAGAAAUGGCAGCAUUAUAUUUUAUUAUCGAAUUGAAAUUAUUCAUUAAAAUUUUUUUAAGGUUAGAAGCAAAAAUAAGAAGAUUAAAAAAAGUAUUUUUUUGAUAAUGCACAGGGUUAAAACAUUGCAAAAAUAAAGCAAUGGGAAAACAAAGUAUCGACAUUAAAGUACAAACACUAAGUAAAACAGUAAGGUAAGGUAAUUAAAAAGCAGACCGAAUUUUCAAAAAAAUAUUUUCAUGUGAUAAUGAGCAUUAAACUAUAUAUUUGUAUUAACAAUAUAAUUAUAACGCUUUAAUAUCUUGCCGUAAAAUAGCUGCGGAGGUAUUUUAGGAUAUUAUAAUACAUACAUACUAUUUUCUAUCUGCGACUACGGAUAAAUUAUACUCUUACAAGUAUUCUUCAUGAAAGGACGACUAUGAAAUAAAAUGCCUUAAUAAUUUUAAA